AGCAGGAAGUUUGUCUUCCAUGUGAUCAGUCUACUGCAUCAUUCAUUUGAAAAAUAAAAAAUGUUAUUUUUAGAACUGUAUUUAUAAAAUUAUUGUCGUUUUAGGGUAAAGCGAUUUUUGUUUUAUAAAUUACGUACGGAGACAAAGUAGGGAGCUGUAGACAUUGCUGCUAGCUAGCUAGUGUAGAAAGAAGCUGCUCUAAGGUAAAAGCGCAUUGGUUGUGAAAAGUAAGGAUUCAGUAACUGCUUUUGGGAUGAAAAAUACAGUCGGUACCAGCACGAUUAAGGAAAACCCGUGGAAGAUUCCUCCAAAUGCCCCUGCCUGCAUGGAGAAGCACCUGUGCGCGGCUCAGUACCGAGCAGAUGGGACCCUGCUGCUGGGAGCCUCCAGCCUCUCUGGGAGGAACUGGCAAGGAUCUGUUUGGAUCUACAGCGAACCAGAGCAAGCCCCCAGCGAGGGCUUCUGCAAAGCUGGUGUGCAGACUGAGGCUGGUGUCACAGAUGUGAAGUGGGUGGCUGAAAAAGUAGUGGCGGUUGCCUCAGAUUCAGGGGCCCUGGAGCUCUGGGAACUGGCAGAGGAUGAGCGCCUGUUGGUGAACCGAUUCACCAGAUAUGAGCACGAUCACAUUGUCACCACAGUGAGCCCCAUCAAAGGAGGCAGCAGUGCUGUCACUGGGAGCAUGGACUGCAGAAUUAAAGUCUGGGACCUCAGUCAGGAAACCGUUGUCACCACCUACAAUGUUCACACACAGCCUGUUAAUUGCGUUGCCUGCAGUCCUACAGACGAGUCCCUCUUCGUCUCUUGUGGCCAAGAUGGCCGUUUGUUGAUGUGGGACGUGAGGAAGCCAGAUAAACCAGCUUCGAGAAUCGAUGUAAAGUUCCCCAACAGUUCUCCCACCGCUGCUGCUUGGCACCCCCACCACAGAAGCACUAUUGCAUUUGGCGAUGACCUGGGUAACGUGUCUCUGAAAGACUUUCUUGGAGCAGAACCGGCUCGGGUGGAAAAAGUCCACAGCCGCAGGGUUAACAACCUCAGCUUCUCCACAAAUAGCGCCUCUUUGCUGGCCUCCGUUAGUGAUGACUGCUCCCUCUCUGUUAUGAAUGCCGAACUGCAGGAAAUAUUCAGAGAUCGGAGCCACCAGGACUUUGUCAAAGAUGUGUGCUGGCGUCAUGGUGAUUCCAGCACUCUCACCACUGUGGGCUGGGAUCACCACGUGCUUCACCACAACAUCAGUCCAACUGCUGGAUCUGCCAGCUCCUGAUCCUAGACUUGAUCCGUGACCUGUUUCACCCAUGUGGGAUGUCAAUGUGUAUCUUAAUGGUUGGAUAUUAUAUCUAAGGAGAAGAUGCACUCAGCUCUUUAGAUUGAUGCACAUUUUUUGGUGUUUGGGUUUUCUUUUCUGUCUUGUAGACUUUCAUGUUGUUUAGCAUCUCCAUGUUUGUAUUGCAUCAUUUUACAUUAAAGAAACCUAAGGCUGUUGGACUGA